AUCAAGAGGGGUUUCUUCUUUGAUGCCCAUCAGCCAUGGCAGCAAAGGUCCCUCAUUGGCAUAGCUACCUUCAGGUGAUUCAGUCCCGUGAAAGUCAGAGAGUGGCACAUUUUCAGAAGGCAGAAAACAUUUUGCUGAUUGUCCUGGAGAAAGUCCAUGAAAUGGACCCUAGGUUUACAGUGGAUUAUUCAAGAAAUCUGGAAGCUUUGGAAUUUGCCCUUUCUGCUGCAGAGGAUGAAGUAGAUAUGCAUGUUCCCUUGUGUAUUGAUGCUGAUGCUCUCCUGAUUCAAAAAUGUUCAGGUGAACAGAGUGACUCUGAGAAGGUUACUCAUGUGAACUACCAGAUGCCAGGCUCUUGCUAUUUAGGUGUACCUAAGGAAGCAACUCAUCUUGAAAACUGGACCAAAGAAGAUGUAUUCUGUGUGAUGGACAAUACCCAAUCAAGUGGUCAAAUUGUGCCUGGGAAGGUCCUUUGUCUUCUGAAAGAACUGAUUGUUGCAGCCAUUGUUCACUGCAAGUGCCAGUCCCUCAUCAGGCCAGGUGAAAUCAGUGCUGAGAGGCUAAAGGAGGAUAACAUGCAGCUGCCAUUGAUGGUGUCUAGUGGUUGGAAAAUGAUCUGCUUCAACGUUGUCCCUGUAGUGAGAAGAAAGCAGGGAGCUCCGGAACACAACAACAAUUGGCAAGAAAGAGGUUUCCCACAAGGCAGCAUGAGCAAAGUCACUCAAGCAACUGAUUUCAUCCCUACCAGUUACUAUCAUUGGAGGUACUCCACCAGUCGCGCCAUCCUGAAACUUCUCCAAAUUGUGAGCACCCUAAAAGGAUAUCGUCUGGACAGUCUCCGCAUCCUAAACCAAGUCAACCAUGAGAACUGGAGAGAGGAAGGCAAAGAAACAGGGCUUACAUUUCACCACUUGAAGAUGGUGUUGCUCUGGGCCACUUAUUUUUUUCCUUCUUCUGAAGACUGGAUGAAUCUGGAAGGAUCGGUGUACCGUCUGCUGGUGAUCCUGCUUUGCUGCUUGGUGAACAAAACUCUUCCCCAUUUCCUGUAUCCGGAGCAGAAUCUAUUUCAGGGAGAUGGUCUGGAGCUGAGCAAUUUGUAUGCCAAAGUGGAGAGCUUUGCUUAUAGUCCUGGACAGUUUUUGAAGUUCCAUUUUAUCACAACAGAUGGCAAACCAUACCACCAGAGGGACAAUGGUCUCAAAGACUUAUUUCACCUUCUAGCUGAGGACAAAGCCUACUGGGACACUGCUUUCUUUGAUGUGCUGCUUAAUAAGUUUCAGAUGUAUCAGAUUAAGGAUGCACAACGGAUUUCUGCUAUGUCAAACAUUUUAUCUAAAACCAAGAAAACAGUGAAUGGGGAGAGCUGAAAACAUAAUUAUGACAACACAGAACUCUGAGAACAGACAUAGUGUUUUUAAGACUAGCUGACUUCCUGGGAUAAAAAUUCAUCUCUGCCAUCGUUUGUUUACUGGAGUUUCUGAUUCUCAUUAUAACUUGUUUAUCAAGAGGAGAACAUACACAAGAAGUGGCAACUUGUGACUAUAGCCAAAUGGAAAUCUCAGACUGGCAAUUCCACCACUAGGGACAAUGGCCUGAUUUUCUAUCUGUUGUCUUUUGUAUUGCAAAUAAAUGCAUAUAAUAAUCUACUGUGUAUAAAUGUAUUAGAGAAAUUAAGAGAAAUCAUUAAG